CUAAUACAUGUUAGUAUUAAUUAUAGAAUAGAGAAAAAUUAUAAGCAUAUUAUGAUACUUAUUUUCUGCUAUCAGUCAUAUAUUGGUCGAACAAAGAAAAGAUAACACACUGAAGCAAACAUCCAUCCUGAGCAAUAUGUUUUAAAAUGGAAGAAAACAAUACUCCAGCAAAUGGAUCUAUAGAUCCAUUUAGUUAUAAUCAAAUUCAGCGGUUGAAUAAUACUACGAGUGGCGGCGUCCCUGGCGCUACAGUGACUGCAAAAAAGAAAGCAACUGCAAAUGUUGGGCAUAACCUCCGACCAAAAAGGGCACUAUGUUGUUUGACUGUUAGCAAUCCCUUAAGGCGAGCAUGCAUUGCUAUAGUUGAAUGGAAACCAUUUGAUUUCUUCAUAUUGGCAAAUAUAUUUGCAACAUGUGCGGUUCUUGCUGCCACAGAACCACUACCAAAUGGGGACACAUCAAUUACAAACGAAAGAAUGGAGAAAGCCGAGUAUUUUUUUAUUGUAGUUUUUACUAUUGAAGCAAUGCUGAAGAUAAUUGCUUAUGGUUUUGCAUUCCAUCCGGGUGCUUAUCUUCGAAACGCAUGGAAUAUUUUAGAUUUUUCAAUAGUUAUUAUAGGAUUUCUUACUUUAAUUUUCGAAAAAUAUAUAGAAUUAGACGUCAAAGCAUUGCGAGCUUUUCGCGUACUAAGACCACUACGUGUAGUUUCUGGUGUACCAAGUUUACAGAUUGUUUUAACGUCAAUCUUGAAAGCACUGAUACCGUUGUUCUACAUUGCCCUAUUAGUUGUUUUUGUAAUUAUAAUAUACGCCAUUAUUGGUGUGGAACUUUUUAUGGGCAAACUUCACUUCACUUGCUACAAUAAAACAUCAAAGAGUAUAAUAUACGAGGAACCACAUCCUUGCAGUACAAGCGAUAAGUUUGGUUUCCAAUGUCCACCGGGCACCAGUUGCGAGAACGUUUGGAAAGGACCAAAUUUUGGGAUAACUAGUUUCGACAACAUGGGAUUGGCUGGAUUGACGGUAUUUACGUGUGUGACGCUAGAAGGCUGGACAGAUGUCAUGUACUUUGUUGAAGAUGCAAUGGGAAAUUACUGGAUAUGGAUAUACUUUGUCACACUCAUUAUAUGGGGUUCAUUCUUCGUGUUGAACCUUGUUCUUGGUGUCCUGAGUGGUGAAUUUGCGAAAGAGAAAGCACGCCAAACGAAAUCUGGGAAAUUUCAGAAAGUGAGAGAAAAACAUCUUGUUGAUGAAGCUGUAAAGGGAUAUUUAGAUUGGAUUCAACAAGCAGAGGACAUAGAUAACCCUGAUGAAGACAGUGGAGAUCGAGAUUUCGACUUAGCAAAUGGGAAAAGGUCGUCGAAACGGCUUAGCGAGUUUCAUGGUGGGAUUAAUAUAACUCCCAAGUUGCAAGAUGCACUGGGACAAGCAAGCAAAUCAGAUAAAAUCAAAAAACGUUUUUUCAAGUUUCAUCAUCGUUUGCGGAGGAUAUGUCGGAAAGUUGUCAAAUCACAAACUUUUUACUGGGCUGUUAUCAUUGCCGUCUUUCUAAAUUCGCUGGUUCUUGCUGUUGAGCACUACAACCAACCAAAAUACAUCACUUUGUUUUUACAUCGCGCAAAUUAUUUCUUUUUGGGUUUAUUUACUUUUGAAAUGCUUCUCAAAGUCUACUGCCUUGGUUUUCAUGGAUAUUGGCUUUCAUUGUUCAACAGAUUUGACUGUCUGGUUGUCAUUAGUAGUUUACUUGAGGUGGCCAUCACAGUACCAACAGGUUUAACGCCAAUCGGUAUCAGCGUGCUACGAUGUAUUCGAUUACUUCGUAUAUUCAAAGUAACCAGAUAUUGGGAGUCACUGAGCAACUUGGUGGAGUCACUUGUCAACAGUAUCAAAUCUAUAGCCAGUUUGCUGCUGUUACUUUCCUUGUUCAUACUCAUCUUUGCAUUACUUGGAAUGCAAAUCUUUGGAGGACGAUUUAAUUUUGAAGACAUUACAAUGCCUAGAAGCAACUUCAACUCGUUCUGGCGAUCUCUUGUUACCGUAUUUCAGAUUCUAACUGGUGAAGACUGGAAUGCAGUUAUGUAUUAUGGAAUUAAAUCUUGGGGAGGUGUUGGAAAACCAGAAUGUGUAGUUGCCAUUAUAUACUUUAUCAGUUUAGUUGUAAUUGGAAAUUACAUUUUGUUGAAUGUUUUUUUGGCUAUUGCUGUCGAUAAUCUAGCAGAUGCAGAAAAUCUAACCAAAAUAGAUAAAGAAGAAAAGAAAAGAAAAAAGCAGGAGAAGAAGAUGAAAAUAUUACGAAAACGUGCGCAAAAUGCAUCACCACAGCAGCUUAGUAUCGAUUCAGAGAAUCCAUCAGUGAUCGGCCCUGCAGCAAAUUUGUGUAUCCCUUUGCCAAUGCAAAACUCUACAGAUACUGAACGAGCAAGUGAGGCAGUAUCAAUCUCGCUUACUUCAAGCAUGGACCGUCAAGCAACAGUUACUUCAGAAGAUGAACACAGCAAUUUGGACAACACCAAAAUGAGACCACUUAGAUUGUCAGAAAUCAACUUACUAAAAGAUAUUCCUGAUCCUAUGCCUGAAGCGAGAUCACUGUUUCUAUUUAAGUCUGGAAACAUGUUUCGUAUCUUUUGUUACAAGUUAUGCACUCAUCCAUAUUUUGUAAAUUCCAUACUGGUGUUGAUUUGCUGCAGUAGUGUACUUCUUUCAGCAGAAGAUCCUCUCAAUAAAGAUCAAAUCAGAAAUCAAGUGUUAGAUUAUUUUGACUACAUAUUUACAGCCAUAUUCACAGUUGAAAUUCUGAUCAAGCUUGUGGCAUAUGGUGCUUUCUUGCAUAAAGGAAGUUUCUGUCGCGGUUUCUUCAACGUUCUUGAUUUGCUGAUUGUGUCAGUAUCACUUGUUGCCAUUAUACUCAGAAACUCUAAAGAAAUAUCAGUGGUUCGAAUUCUACGUGUUAUCCGUGUGUUGCGUCCACUUCGAGCUAUUAAUAGGGCAAAAGGCCUGAAGCACGUUGUACAAUGUGUGUUCGUGGCAAUAAGAAGUAUUGGUAACAUAAUGCUGGUUACAGUUCUGUUUCAGUUUUUAUUUGCUGUCAUUGGUAUUCAACUUUUUAAGGGUACAUUUUCAUACUGCACUGAUAAAACAGCUCUAACUGAAGCCGAUUGCAAAGGAACUUUCAUUGAACACAAUAAUGGACCAAUGACUAAAGACCUUCUAGACGGCGUGGUGACGGAGCGUGAGUGGAAGUCACAUAAGUUCAAUUUUGACAACGUGUUUCAAGCUAUGAUGACACUCUUUGUUGUGAUGACGUUUGAAGGAUGGCCAGGAAUUUUAGAAAAUGCAAUCGACUCUACGAAAGUGGACCAGGGACCAAUUGAAGAUAACCGACCCUGGGUUGCGGUUUAUUUUGUUAUAUACAUCAUCAUCAUCGCUUUCUUUAUGGUGAAUAUUUUUGUCGGUUUCGUUAUUGUCACGUUUCAAAGUGAGGGCGAAGAAGAGUACAAGGAUUGUGAACUGGAUAAAAAUCAGAGAAAGUGUAUUGAAUAUGUCUUGCGUGUACGCCCGAUAUGCCGAUUCAAACCGGAACAACAAACCCAGUUCCAUAUUUGGAGAGUAGUGACGUCACGGAUGUUUGAGUACAUGAUCUUCGCUUUCAUCGUAGCUAACACUGUAGUACUCGGAGCUCAGUAUUUCGAAGCACCAGCUAGAUACGAGACAGUUUUGGAUGGGUUUAAUAUUGGUUUUACAAUGGUUUUCUUACUGGAGUGUAUCCUAAAGCUUCUCGCAUUCAAACCAAGAAAUUAUUUCAGAGAUCCGUGGAAUAUCUUUGAUUUUAUUAUUGUUCUUGGUAGCAUUGCUGAUAUUAUUAUUGGUGAAGUUUACAAAGACAACACAAUCAAGUUUAAUUUCUUCCGCCUGUUUCGUGCACUUCGUCUGGUGAAAUUACUAAGCAAAGGUGCUGGUAUUCGAACAUUAUUAUGGACCUUUAUGAAAUCUUUUCAGGCGCUUCCAUACGUUGGCCUUCUUAUAUUACUCUUAUUCUUCAUCUACGCAGUCAUUGGAAUGCAGGUUUUUGGGGGAAUUAAAACUGAUGAUGACUCAGCAAUUAAUCGUUAUAAUAAUUUUCAAACUUUUCCAGCUGCAGCGUUGGUGUUGUUUCGGUCGUCAACGGGUGAGAAUUGGCAGCAGAUUAUGAAUUCGUGUCUAGAUAAGCCUACCACGCUGUGUGAAAUGGAUCCCACGCAAACAUGCGGCAAUGAUUUUGCUUAUGUGUAUUUUAUCACCUUCAACAUGAUCUGUUCUUUUUUGAUUAUUAACUUGUUUGUGGCUGUCAUCAUGGAUAACUUUGAUUAUCUUACACGUGAUUGGUCAAUUCUUGGUCCACAUCAUUUGGAGGAGUAUGUAAGGACGUGGUCAGAAUACGACUCGGAAGCAACUGGUCGCAUGAAACAUGUGGACAUAGUGAGCAUGUUAAAACGAAUCGAGCCUCCGCUGGGUUUUGGUAAAUGCUGUCCUCAUAGAGAGGCUUGCAAGCGUCUCGUCAGUAUGAACAUGAUGAUGAACAACGAUGGUACAGUCGACUUCCAUGCUACUUUGUUCGCACUCGUUCGAACAUCACUAAAUAUUAAAAAACCUGACGUGAAAUCCAAUACAGCCAAGGAGAAUGGAGAGCUACGAAGUAUAAUCAAACAUAUUUGGCCUGGAACGAGUGAGAAAUUGCUAGACAAAGUAGUUCCCAGGCCUGAUUGUGAGGAAGGCAUUACAGUGGGGAAAUUCUACGCCACGUUUUUAAUUCAAGAAUAUUUUCGACGCUUUAAGAAGAAACGACAAGAUGAAAGACGCAAGAAGAAUGCUGACGCCACAGUUUCGCUUAAGGCCGGCCUAAGAACGAUCCAGGAUGUUGGUCCUGAAAUUCAACGACGGCUGUCAGGUGAAAUUGAUGAGGGUCCAGAGGACGAGUUAAAACAUGAUAAAGAUCCGAAACGUCGUAGCUUCAUUGACAGCAUUGCAAGCUCUGUACGCCGCUCGAUGACGUUUGGAGAGGCUGAUAAAAAACGGAAUGCGUUUGGGAAGAAGGCAAACGCAAUGGAGCAGCCUUUACUCGAGGUCUCGUCAUUUGGUAGUGACGAAUUGAAAAGACAUUCCUACCAUGCGUCGAGUUCCUGCGAAAAAUCAUCCAUUGAGGAUUCAUCGGUUGAUGUGGAGUCCAACGACAAGUUAAGCAUAAGUCAACGUAUUCAACGACUAUCACCAAUACAGUUCGGAAGAAAAAAACGACCGGCAUCGUCAAAUUUCGAACCAGAAGUAAAAGUACAGCACGGUCGAUCUAGCGGGACAAAAACAAUACCGGAUAUAAUCGUUCGUAGACCGACGCUUUCUGAACAGCCUAGAGGCUUGCUUGAACUUCAAAAUAGAGGCAGUCUAGUUGAAAGUUGUCCUGACAGGAAGGAAGAAACUAACAAAGGAAGUAAGUACCGCAGACCGAGUUUAAAACUCUUACCACAAGCAAGCGCCAUUGAACAUUCUGAUACUGAAGAUUUGUCUGUUGUGGGAGAAGACGACAUAGUCGGCGACGAAUAGAAAUCUCAUUACAACCACGACGGCAAUGACGGAAAAAGUAACGUUUAUUUUUGGUGCUUUUCUCCGUGGUGUGGAAUUAUGUCAAAGAAACGUAAAUAGCAUAACCAAUUGGAUGGAUGACUAGUUUUUGAUUGAUUUCAAUACAUCGUAACGACGCCAUUUUUAUGCAAUGUUAGUUUAAACAAUGACCUUGGGCAUUUAAAAAUAAAUCGAAAUAUUUUCUAA